AUGGGGUACCAUGUGACCCAACCGUGUGCGUCGUGUCUAGAGGCAUGUCACAACGGCCACUUCUGGAUGCUGCACAGUGAUGCCACCAAGGCACAGGAGCUGUUCACUACCGACGGCAUGCUCAUGCGCUGGGGCGGGUUGACUAAACAGAGCGAAGAGGACCUCGCGUGCUUUCAACAG